AGGGAGCCCAGUCGCAGGGUGAAGCAGAGGGCACUUCUGCCAGGCGUCGUCCGCACUGCGCAGCCGCGGAGGGAGGCGCCCCCUUUCUCUGCCUGGCGGCGGGCCUGCAAAACCAUGAGCGCGGCGGCUUCGGGCCCUGGCCGGCGGGCGCGAGUGUCCCGCCUGGUCUCCUUCAGCGCGACCCAUCGGCUCCACAGCAAAUCUCUGAGUAAUGAGGAAAACUUGAAACUGUUUGGGAAAUGCAACAACCCAAAUGGCCAUGGGCACAAUUAUAAAGUUGUGGUGACAGUACAUGGAGAGAUUGAUCCUGUUACAGGAAUGGUCAUGAAUUUGACUGACCUCAAAGAGUAUAUGGAGGAGGCAAUUAUGAAGCCCCUUGAUCAUAAGAAUCUGGAUCUGGAUGUGCCGUAUUUUGCAGAUGUUGUAAGCACAACAGAAAAUGUAGCUGUAUAUAUCUGGGAAAACCUCCAGAAAUUUCUUCCUAUGGGAGUUCUUUAUAAAGUAAAAGUAUAUGAAACUGAUAAUAAUAUUGUAGUCUAUAAAGGAGAAUAACUCUUAGAGGUUAAUACUAUAGAAUGAUUUAAUUUUUUU